AUGAUAACCACAGAAUCCUCCGCUCAUGAGGAAGGCUACUUAGUUCAAUUCUUACUUCAAUGCUCUCGUCUUCAACACUCCAGCCCUAAGAUAAUCCGCCUCGGCUAUCUAGGUCAUCAUGGGUUCCUGGUUAAUACCACCGUCUCUUCUACAACCACUCCGGUCUCCCUGUUCCGGGGGUCGGCAACAGCCCUGGUUAGUGAAUUGACUCUGGCCUGA